AUGUCUUAUCGCUGUCCUUCUCUUACUAUCGUUCUUUCUUUUCUUUUUUUCUCUUUACUAUCUUCGCUUUAUAACUUCUAUAUCUCUAUCUUUUUUGCGCCCUCUUUUUUUAUUUUCCUCUUUUUUUUUCUUUCCCUGUCCCCUUUUAUUUUCUUUUUUUUCAUUAUUCAUGUUUCCAGUUCUAUAAUAUCGCUUUCUCACACUCUCUCUCUCUCUCUCUUUCUGCUUCCCUCCUUCAUUCCUCUUUCUCCUUUUUAUUUAUAUUUAUUUUCCAUUUCUUCUUCUUCUUCAUCAUCAUCAUCUUCUUCUUCUUCUUCAUCUUCUUCUUCUUCUUCUUCUUCUUCUUCUUCUUCUCUUUCUCUUGCACACACGCUGCUCUUUGCUUCUGUUUCUCCCUCUCUCACUUCUCUCUGUAAUUUUCUCUCUCUUCUACCCUCCCUCUAUACCUUCAAUAUAAUUCUUUUCCUUUUCUCUCUUUCUCUCUCUCUCUCUCUUUCUCUCUUUCUCACUCACGCACAAACACACACACUUUCUCUUUUCUGUACUGCCUCUCUUCUCCCAUACUUCUAUAAAUUCAAUAUCAUUCUUCUCUCUGUCUCUCUCUGUCUCUCUGUCGCUGUCUAUCUCUCUCUCUCUCUAUUUUCAUUGUUUUUUUACUUUCCUCCCUUUUUUUUAUUAUUGUUUCCACUUCGAUAUCAUUAUGUUUCUCCCUCACCCCCUCACUCGCUCCCUCGUUUUACAGUUUACCCUCCCAUCCAUCUCUUCUCUUUUUUGCUGUCUUUUUUUUUGUUUUGUUUUCUCCUUCUAUAUCCUAUACAUCUUUCUUUUUUCUGUGUUUUGGGGUUUUUCCUGCACUCCCCCCCUCUCUCUCUCUCUCUCUUCCUUCAUUCUCUCUUUAUUCCUCUUCUACUAUUAUUUGAUAACUCCGUCUCCCUGAACUUAAAUCAAUAG